AUGGAACCCUCUCCUGGAAGUGGCUCCAGCCCCGGCCCCAGCCGGGUGGACCAGCCCUACCCUCCCUCCGAGCCCCCUGACCAGCCCCCUGCUGCUCACGCGAAGCCAGAGCAGAGUUCUGGGGACCAACCUGCCGGCCCAGGAGCGGCGGGCGAGGCCUUGGCGGUGCUGACCUCGUUCGGGCGGCGGUUGCUGGUGCUAGUGCCGGUGUACCUGGCCGGGGCAAUGGGGCUCAGCGUGGGUUUUGUGCUCUUCGGCCUCGCCCUCUAUCUGGGCUGGCGCCGGGUUCGCGAGGAGAAAGAACGGAGCCUUCGAGUCGCGCGGCAGCUGCUGGACGAUGAAGAACGGCUUACGGCGAAAACUCUUUACAUGAGCCAUCGAGAGCUACCUGCCUGGGUCAGCUUCCCAGAUGUGGAAAAGGCUGAGUGGCUCAAUAAGAUGGUGGCCCAGGUCUGGCCCUUCCUGGGCCAGUAUAUGGAGAAGCUUCUCGCUGAAACUGUGGCCCCAGCUGUUCGAGGAUCUAACCCCCACCUGCAGACAUUUACCUUUACACGAGUGGAACUGGGUGAAAAGCCACUGCGCAUCCUUGGAGUCACGGUCCACACUGGCCAGAGCAGAAGACAGAUCCUGCUGGAUUUGAAUGUCAGCUACGUAGGUGACGUUCAGAUCGAUGUGGAAGUGAAGAAAUACUUCUGCAAAGCAGGAGUCAAGGGCAUGCAGCUACAUGGCACCUUACGGGUGAUUCUCGAGCCACUCAUGGGGGACCUCCCUAUCGUGGGGGCUGUGUCGAUGUUCUUCAUCCGACGCCCGACCCUAGAUAUCAACUGGACGGGGAUGACCAACCUGCUGGAUAUCCCAGGACUCAGCUCCCUCUCUGACACCAUGAUCAUGGACUCCAUCGCUGCCUUCCUUGUGUUGCCCAACCGAUUACUGGUGCCCCUCGUGCAUGACCUUCAAGAUGUGGCCCAGCUGCGUUCCCCUCUUCCCAGGGGCAUAGUUCGGAUUCACUUGCUGGCCGCUCGAGGGCUGAGCUCCAAGGAUAAAUACGUGAAGGGCCUGAUUGAGGGCAAGUCAGACCCCUAUGCGCUUGUGCGAGUGGGCACCCAGGCAUUCUGCAGCCGUGUCAUCAACGAGGAACUCAACCCCCAGUGGGGAGAGACUUACGAGGUGAUGGUGCAUGAGGUCCCAGGACAGGAAAUUGAGGUGGAGGUGUUUGACAAGGAUCCAGACAAAGAUGACUUUUUGGGCAGAAUGAAGCUGGAUGUAGGGAAAGUGUUGCAGGCUGGAGUAAUGGAUGAAUGGUUCCCUCUUCAAGGUGGGCAAGGCCAAGUUCACUUAAGGCUAGAAUGGCUUUCCCUUCUGUCAGAUGCCGAAAAACUGGAGCAGAUCCUGCGGUGGAACCGCGGAGUGUCUUCCCGCCCAGAGCCCCCGUCGGCCGCCAUCUUGGUUGUCUAUCUGGAUCGGGCCCAGGACCUUCCCCUGAAGAAGGGGAACAAGGAGCCCAACCCCAUGGUACAGCUGUCAACCCAGGACGCGACGCAGGAGAGCAAGGCUGUCUACAGCAGCAGCUGCCCAGUGUGGGAGCAGGCCUUCCGGUUCUUCCUGCAAGACCCGCGGAGCCAGGAGCUCGACGUGCAGGUGAAGGAUGACUCCAGGGCCCUGACUUUAGGGGCACUGACCCUGCCUCUGGCUCGCCUGCUGACUGCCCCGGAGCUCACCCUGGACCAGUGGUUCCAGCUCAGCAGCUCCGGCCCAAACUCCCGUCUCUACAUGAAACUCGUCAUGAGGCUCUUGUACCUGGACACGUCAGAAGUGCGCUUCCCGGCCGUGCCUGGCACUCCUGGGGCCUGGGACCUGGACGAGAGCCCACAGGCAGGCAGCAGUGUGGAUGUCCCACCUCGGCCCUGUCACACCACUCCUGACAGUAGCUUUGGGACGGAGAAUGUGCUUCGGAUCCAUGUAUUAGAGGCCCAGGACCUGAUUGCCAAAGACCGCUUCUUGGGGGGAUUAGUGAAGGGCAAGUCAGACCCCUAUGUCAAACUAAAGCUGGCAGGACGAAGCUUCCGCAGCCGUGUUGUUCGGGAAGAUCUCAAUCCCCGUUGGAACGAGGUCUUUGAGGUGAUUGUCACAUCAAUCCCAGGUCAAGAGCUAGAGGUUGAGGUUUUUGACAAAGACCUGGACAAGGAUGACUUUCUGGGCAGGUGUAAAGUGAGUCUCACCACAGUCUUAAACAGUGGCUUCCUUGAUGAGUGGCUGACUCUGGAGGAUGUCCCUUCUGGCCGUCUACACGUGCGUCUGGAGCGUCUGACCCCCCGCCCCGCUGCUGCUGAGUUAGAAGAGGUGCUGCAGGUGAAUAGCCUGAUCCAGACCCAGAGAAGUGCAGACCUCGCGGCGGCUCUGCUGUCUGUCUACCUGGAGCGGGCCGAGGACCUGCCGCUCCGAAAAGGUACCAAGCCUCCCAGCCCUUACGCUACUCUUGCUGUGGGAGAUACGUCUCAUAAAACGAAGACUCUUCCCCAAACGGCCACCCCCGUCUGGAAUGAGAGCACCUCCUUUCUCAUCAGGAAACCAAACACGGAGAGUCUGGAGUUGCAGGUUCGGGGGGAGGGGACUGGCACGCUGGGCUCGUUGUCCCUGCCCCUCUCCGAGCUCCUUGUGGCUGACCGGCUCUGCCUGGACCGCUGGUUUACACUCAGCGACGGUCAAGGGCAGGUGCUGCUGAGAGCACAGCUCGGGAUCCUGGUGUCCCAGCACUCCGGGGUGGAGGCUCACAGCCACAGCUCCUCCUCUCUGAGCGAACUAGAGCUCUGGAGCGGACUUCCUCAGGUCACCUCUUCAGCCCCAGAGCUCAGGCAGCGCCUAACGCACAGUGACAGUUCCCCUGAGGCUCCAGCCGGGCCGCUGGGCCAGCUGAAGCUGACUGUUUGGUACCACAGUGAAGAACGAAAGCUGGUUGCCCUCAUUCAUGGCUGCCGGGCCCUUCGACAAAAUGGACGGGAUCCCCCCGAUCCCUACGUGUCACUGUUGCUACUGCCAGAUAAGAACCGGGGCACCAAGAGGAAGACCUCACAGAAGAAGAGGGCCCUAAAUCCUGAGUUCAACGAGCGGUUUGAGUGGGAGCUGCCCCUGGACGAGGCGCUCCGGCGAAGGCUGGAUGUGUCUGUGAAGUCUAGCUCCUCCUUCAUGUCGAGAGAGCGCGACCUGCUGGGGAAGGUGCAGCUCAACCUCGCUGAGAUGGACCUUUCCCAGGGUGCGGCCCAGUGGUACGACCUCAUGGAGGACAAGGGCAGCUCCUAG